UUUGUAAACACUUUAUUUGUAGCUAAAAAAAAGGUAAAAUAAUAUUUUUCUGGAAAACACAUUCCAUGCAAAUGAAAAGAACGACACGGAAUUAUUUAUUCAUAUCCGUGACAACAUUUGGGAUUGCUACCUCACUUUGAAAUACAUCAAAUUUAAGGUGACAAAUGCUGCUUGUGAUCAGUAAUAAAUUGAGUGCUAGUUUCACUUGAAAUUUAUACAUUUUGCUGAAGUGAUUUUUCGCGCGAGUGCAGUUUUUUAGCGCAUGAUGGAGGCAAAGAAGUUUGGACUUCUACUUCCUAAAAAGAGGGAAAACACUAAAAUGAAAACAUCUGUAUUUGACAGUAGCAGCGAUGAAGAAACAGUUGUUAAAAAGCGACCAAAUAUACCACAGUCUAAACCUAGCUCAAGUAAAUGUAUAAAAUCUGAAACCAUUGAGGAUCCUUCUAUAUACGAAUACGACAACAUCUACGAUGAAAUGAAAGAGAAGCAAAAAGCUGAAAUAGUACCAAAAGAGAAAAAGAGUUCUCGUUAUAUCGACACUCUUUUGAAAGCUGCAGAUAAAAGAAAAAAACAGUAUGAAAGGCGAGUUGAGAAAAAAGUUCAGCUUGAACGAGAAAAAGAAGGGGAUAAAUUCAAAGAUAAAGAAGCAUUUGUAACUUCAGCUUAUAAAAAGAAAAUGCAGGAAAUGGAAGAGGAGGAAGAAAGAGAACGGCGUGAAAAUAUGAUCAAUGACAUGAUGGAUGUCACCAAACAAAAAGAUUUGAGUGGUUUCUACCGUCACUUUUUAAAUCAAACUAUCGGAGAUGAAAAACUCCCUGGAAGUGAUAAACGUCCCAUUAAAAAAGAACCCUUAAGUGAAAAUGAAUUUGAACUAGAUGGAAAAUCUGAUUCAGAAAACAGAAGCUCUCAUCAAAUGCAAAAUAAUGAAUCAAAGAAACAAACUAUUAAGGUUGAAGAUGAAAAUGAUAAUUUGGAUAGAAAUAAAAAACCCAGCAACACAACUGAACUAGAUCGUAAGAAAAAACAGCAACGUAAUCUUAGACAAAGACAUGAUAGUUCUUCGGAUUCAAAUUCAAGUGAUGAAACAAAUGAAAGACGACCCCCAAAUAAAUUUGAUAGCCAAGAUCAUCAUAAAAAAUCUGCAGCAAAGAAGCCUAAUCGUAAUACUAAAGUGUCAGACAAUUCUGAAAGUUCAAGUGAUGAAAUAAAUAAAGAAAGACCUCCAAAUAAACUUGAUAGCCAAGUCCAUCAUAAAAAAUCUGCAGUGAAGAAGCCUAUUCGUAAUAGUAAAGUAUCAGACAGUUCUGAAAGUUCAAGUGAUGAAACAAAAAGGGGAAGACCCCCAAAUAAACUUGAUAGCCAUAUCCAUCAUAAAAAAUCUGUAGCAAAGAAGCCUAUUCGUAAUAGUAAAGCAUCAGACAGUUCUGAAAGUUUGAGUGAUGAAACAACUAACUUACAAGAGAGUAAAAGCAUAGAAAAUAACUCUUGUGAAAGGAAGCAGAACAAGGAUCACAAUUCUAAUGAUUCAGAUCUUUCUGAUAAUUCAUCCGAGAAUGAUGCAAGUGGCGAUGAAAUAUGUAAAGAUGUAAACUCUAAUAAAAAAGAUAAUGCUGCCGUCAAAGAAAAGGAAUCUACCUCUGAAGAUAGAGAGGCUAAACAGAGAAAUUUAUUUAAGAAACGUACUGUUGGUUCUGUGUUUGCUGAAGCUCAAGCCAGAUAUUUUAUGAGAUUAGCUGCUCGAAAUGGAACAGAAUAAUGCUUACUUAAUGUUUUGAUAAGAUUAGUACGUUUGUUUGUGCAAGAGAUUGAACAAUAUGUAUAUUGUAUUCUUGGCAAAAAUUAAGGUAAACAAACAGAUUGCUAUCUUUGUAGUUAAUGUUUUACAGAAAUAAAAAGUCGAA